AUGGCAUUUCUGGCGGUUUGGGCUAUGCUGAAACAGUUGGCGACCAGCUACAUGUGGGCGGCCCUCACAGUUGUCGGGAUUGCCGCCGGUGCCUACUACCUGCAGCUGGCGACUCGAACAGUUGAGGUAUCUUGGCCCAAGGAGAAGCAACCCCAGCCUUACACUAGGAGGGUUCAGCCGAAGAAGAGGAAAUAUCAGAGAGCGAUGAACUCGCUGGACGAUUUUGUCCCUCUGAACAACAUGGAACCUGUGGUCGACGUGGUGCAGUUCUUCACACGCCGUGGGAACGAGUUUUGUGUGUACAGCAUCGACUGGGAACAAGAGUCGGCAGUUUUGGUAAGACCAGUGGACGGGGCAGAUCUUAAGGACCACCCAUUCUUUCGUGAGGCCCAAAGAAGGACCGCAGCUGAGAUCCUUUCCAUUCCGUUUUCCAAUCUCCAAGAUGUUACAGAUGCCAUUGGUCCCAAGGUUGCGCAUGUGCAGAAUGGUUUUAUCUACAUGACGGGAAGGUGCGGUUCCACCCUCCUUACACGAGCAAUCGAGGCCACGUCAGUUGCUCAAGCGGUCUGCGAGCCAGAAGUGUUCACCAUUAUCAACAUGGCAGUCACCCAGGCCAGGCGUGCCCGACAGAACACUGGUUUCGAUGAAGACAACAUGGUGCAGCUCUUAAGGAACGUCGUCACCCUGCUGAACUAUCAUCUACUGAUGGCCGAUCCUCGUCACCGGGAUGUCGUCAUCUACAAGCUCAAACCCGACGUUAUUCUGAUCGGCGACUUGAUGUACCGAGCCUUCCCGUCUGCGAAAAAUGUUUUUAUAUACAGAGACGGGAUGGGGUAUCUAGAGUCAUUUGCAAAAUUGUAUUUUCGAAAGAAAAUUGUGCAUUUCCUCAUGCGAUCACGUUUAUCGGUCUCGAUGAUACCCGACUACGUCAGAGUUUUCGGAGAUGAUACAAAAUUUGCCGAUCAGUCGCGUGGCUACGGAAGUUUUCUCUUCUACCUCACGACCAUGUGGGUUGGCGCCAUGCAGCGUGCACUGGAGCUACAGAGGCUGCACCCGGAGUACUUCUUCCAUUGCCUGGUUUACUACGACGCCUUGGUGAAGGGGAAAGAGAAGUCAAUCCGUCUGCUGCUGAAGAGCCUCGGCGUGAAGUGGGAUGUCGAGGAACACGGAGAAGAAGCAGAGAAGAUGAGAGAAGUGUUCGACAGGGACAGCCAGGCCGGGACAUGUGCGUCUGCCAGAACCAAGAUGGCGGGUGAGAAGUGGACGGAGCCAGCGCCAAAUUGGCUCGGAGACCGGGAACGAGACUACAUGUCUGCAGUCUGUAGAGCCACUGGGAACGACAUCCUGGGCCCUGACUUCAUCUUUCCAGACACCAUGUUGUAACA